AUGUCCCCUCAUACACGUCACUUACUAACAGCGAGCUCUAUAGUCGAAGACGGUCAUUACUUCUGUUCUAUGCCAACUCCACCCCCAUCUCCACAAACCGCUUCUCCCGUGUCCCCAUCCCCCUCUACUAGUUCUCUUUCCUCCAUGAUUCCCCCCAAAAAGAAAAAGAAACGUCGUCGCCAACCCCGUGGCUGCCGCGCCGAAUUUGACUACACAGGUUGGGAACAUUACAACCACUGGCGACGGGACAUCUCUCUCCUGAAAACCGAAUCUCGUUCUCUGAACAACCCACACUUCAUCCCUCCAUUGAAAAUAGGCAAAGAUUGUUACCGCGACUGCGAUUUUCCCUCGGAAUGUCAAACUGUACAUUUACGAUCGGCAGUAACCCCUAAAACGCGACAAAAAAGCGAGCCGGAGUUAAUUUUCCCCAUUUCUCCCAUCAGUGCCGAGGAACGUCAACGCAUAGAUGAUGAACGAGAAGAUCAACAGUUGAUCUUUGAUAUAGCAGCUACUACACCACCAGCCACUCGUGCUCAUGGCGAAUUCCAUAGUUCCUCAACUCUCAUGCCCGAUAUUACUUCUCCCGAUUUCAACACGCUCGUUGAGCGCGAACGGCGCAAGAGUUUGGAAGCGGAGAAACGCGGAUUAGAACACGAGGCGCAAUUCAUUGUUAGUCCUCUGACAAGUCAUACCGCCUUUGCGGAUAUAAAUUAUGGCGGCAGUGGAUCUACGAGUCCGAAAGGAAAAGAAUGUGAAAACGAAAGACAAGAAUUGAAAGAUGGUUUGGGAGUCUCGUAUCCUCCUGAACUAGACGAUCUAGCAGGAGAAGAAGAAACAGAAGAGGAUGAACAGGGAUACGUGAGGGAGUUCAUACGGGUGAAGAAACGGAAAAGCAUAGCGAAAAUUGAACAGCUCACGGGAUUGAGGUUAUCAGAGGUGCAGUAUGGAAAGAUGGUAGGAGAGGUGGUGGACGGAGAUUUGGGAGGGACCGAGGGUGAGAGAAGGAGAGGGAAGCAAAAGUCGGAGAUCUAG